CAACAGACAAGAUAGGUUAUGUUUUGAAUCUCGUGAUGUAAUAUCUUUAUAAAAGCAAUACAACGUAAAUAUUAGUAUAUGAUAUUUACAUAAACCCCUCGUAAAAAAUCCAUUAUAAUAAUAAAAUUGAAACCUAUCUUCUCGAGCUUCUGUAAUUGACAUUGUGUAUAAUGCAGCUGUAAAAUGUCUUAAGUGCAGAUUAAAAAAAUCGUUUAGUUUGAAACUUUAGUGAUUAGUGUGUUUGUGGAUGUCAACAUUUGUGUUUUAGUUAUUUAGUUAAUUUUCGGGUAAUGUUAAGUUUCACGAAUUAUGGAAUUUGAUUCCCUAAGCGUAUGUUCAGAUGAAGGUGUUGAAUUAACAAUUUCAGAACAUGGGGCGCUUUAUCCAGGAGAUUAUCCUUAUAAGGAGGAGAAUGAACCUCCGUUUCUGGAAGCCAAAACUGUUUAUAUUUUGUUGCCAAAAAAUGUGUCCAUUUCGAGAGCUAAAAGACUUCAGUGGUUACUGGACCACCUUAACAUUGUUAUAAGCAUACCUAGUCUUCAAAAAGUGACUGAAACAAUAGAACUUGAAGUAAUAUCGGCUGUACCCAGGGAACAAACUCUAGUAAAAUGCAACCGGUUUUUAAUAACCACAGAUACGGAGUUGAAAUUCGUAGCUCACUCCUACAGAUUCGUUUAUUGUCUGGACAUGAGUCCCUCUCAAUCGAACGUCGACAUCCAGAGGGGCGAAGUGCUUUUCGACGAAAUCCUAGUUUGCUUCAAAUCAAGCCUGGAGGCCCUUACCAGACAAUUCACCAUACCGGGGAACUCCCUGGUCUUCCAGCCCGCCAUACAUUUAACCGUCAUGGUUAACACGCCGUUUUUCAUGAGUCCCGCUCAACAAGUCUUAGUUAAGGGUGUACAGAUUUCCAGCAGCAAUCUUAACUACAUUAUCAGUUAUAUUGAAAAACAAUUUCACUUGUUGGAAGGCAAAAUUGCAGAUGUUUCCGUGGUUGCGCAUGAGCAAUUGGAUAUACAGAGGACGCAAAAUGAGGGUAUGGUGGGGCAACUAUUCGAUCUGCCCGAUUCCGAAAAAUUUGUUUUGAAAAUACCUAUGGUAACAGCUGAUGCAAAUUUUGUUAAUAUGUUACGAUACUCCAUGUUGGCUAUAACCUUAUUACCUGAUAUAAGCAUAAGUCAUAUUCUAGUCAUUACUGAUGGCAUUGUAGCAAUGCCAGAUUUUAACAUAAUGGAGUCGCUACUAUAUCAGCUGCAUUACGACAGUAUAGCAGUUUCAUUUCUUAAAGUUGGUUCCAGUUUUCAUCCGCAUUCAAGCGCUGGUUACGUACCGUAUGUGGAUUUACUGUAUUUUUUAUCGCACUCAACUUUAGGGAAUUGUUUCGAAACUUUUCCCGACGUUAUACACGAGCCGUCUAUGUCCUUAAACGUCUAUCAGGAGUUGUUUUUGCUCUGGUCGUUUCAUAGCAAAACCAAAAAUAUAUACCCGAAAAUAUCUGGUGGACACAAAUGGACUUCAACAAAUGAGUCUUUCUAUAGCCAUAAACCCCCUAGUUUACUAUUCAAAAAACAGACUGAAGAAAAAAUGAAUACCUCUAUAUUACUCAUGUUAGCUAGAAGACUAAGGGAAGGAUUCACUGUUGAUAAAAUUUACUUGGCAAACGGAGAUUUAGAAGUGAGACUGAGUCUUCAAUGGAAAUCCUUCAUUUACAUGAACUACAAAAUCACCUCUGACUGGCCAAUAACAAAACACAACGUAAAGUUCGAGAUCAACAUUCUAGCCCCCUAUGAGUUCCUUCACGACAUAACCUGUAUGAUUAAAAAAGAGUCGAAAUCAGUGAACAGACUCGCGAUCAUAAAACGAUUUUGGCUGCGGUUAUCACAACUAUCCACUGAGGACGUGAACAUGGCCCAAAACUUAAGUUCCUUCCAAAGUUGCAAUAAGGAUUGGUUUGUCCUGCCUGAGAGUGUGCGCAGUGGAAUACCGGUUUUCACAGCAAACGGCACAGCGUGUUCGGCAGAGGCUACAAAAUUAAGCCUGCAUCUAAGAGACGUCUCGAGUGCUAAAUUCGUGCACGUCUGGCAAACGUUGGCUUCAAUGGAAACCAACGUUUGGAGAAAAUGGUUGCACAUACACAAAAUAUCGCUGAUUUUAAAGCAUGAUAAUCCGCUACCAAAACAUUUGCACUUGCCUAACUCUUCUCAAAGGUAUCAGGUUAUACAGUGCCGACAAGCAACGGCGGCUCUAUAUAAAAUGCUAGCAGAUUGGAGCUCAUUUAUUUUAAUCGAUAACCAUACCUACGUGAAAUUUUUGCACGCAGACAAUGAUAAACCAGCCUGUGGAUUUUGUUUGAUCAGAAUUACGUCCAAAUUCCCAUGUGCUGUGCUCAAUAUAGGCUUCAUAACCGGCACGAAUGGCGAAGCCAGGCAAAGGGUUUGCGAUGAGCUAAAAUCAGAACUAUCCGGUCUAUCCUACCUUACAACCGUUAAACUAAAGGAAAACAUUUGCUGCGUUCUACUGCAAAAACCAAUCGAAAAAAUCCUUAUCAGAUAUGAACGCAUUCCUUCCUCUUUUACAACUGUUAUUUUCCCUGAUGGUACCCAACCUCCAAACUCCACAGUGGUACCCCCAGCACCGGUAAGUGGUUCACUAUUCACCACUUUGUCCAGGUAUUUGUACCACAAACGGUGGAUAUGGGGAGCUUACCACCCGGCCAACCCCAAGCUACCCGAUACGGCUAUAUCCAGAAUUUUAUCCACUCUCACAGGCAUGCGGAUAAAAGAAGGAUUCAGUUUUGCACACUCUUCCUCCGGGAUCAUCACUAUGGUUCUGGAAUUGUGGAUGGACCAAACUUCCAGCUGCGUGGUGCAGUACGUUCUUUUUCCACCGCAUUGCGCAUGGUGUGGAGGUGACGAUUUUUACAGUGGUUCCGAUGAAGAGAACGAUAUGUCAUCCGAGUUGGAUAGCGAAAUGCAACUAGUCACUGAAGUUUGGAUUGAGCCUCAAUACGGAAAAGUCUUGCCAAGCGAUCCUAGAAUUAGUUACAUGGAUAAUAAGCACUAUUAUGAAAUUGCUGAUGUGAUAUGUAGAAUAGAUUUGCAAUGUAUAAAUUCUUUAUUAACUAUGGAGCAUUUAAGUUUGAUGUGCCAAGAUAAGGGUUACCCAAUGCUAACGUUUAACCGAAUGGUGUCAAGUACUAGUCGUAAGAGUAGAAAAAGCAGUAGAAAUAGUUAUUUAGAACCACCAAUUGUACCUGAUAAUGGAUCUCAGUGCUAUCCAAUAGUAUCUCAAAGAAUUGAACACAUUCCAUUUAAAUUUGAUCCGAUCAAUAUUUUGCCGCAUUGCCAGCAAACCGAACUCCUAUUUUCAAUGUUUAUUGAAGGCAAAGAAUCCUCUCUGGGGUCUUCAGCAAACAAAGCCAACGUUUUGCUACUGAACAACAUUUUAGAUCAUUUAAAUAUACUCCACGAUCAAGAGCUGGAUCUUUCCAAAGCCGAGUCCGAUCGGUUCACGCAACAAAUAUUGCUGAGGCAUCAAAAUCAACACCCGAACAACUGUCCGAUAUCGGAGUUCCACUCUCGUAGCAACUUCGACGUGCCAGUUGAGUCGCAGUGGAGAUGCUUUCUCAAAGGCAUAUCUGUCACGCAUGUCAUUCUAACGUUCAUUCCUUCAACAUUGGACGAUUUAAAGAGUUUGGUUUGCCAUGAAACGAGAAACAUUCCUAAUUUGAACGUUGAAGUUGAGUCGGAAAGGGCCUCAUCCAGAACCAGUAAUUUUAGCGAUGUACCAAUAAACGUGCAAAGUUCACUAUGCUUGCCGAUAUAUGUGUUUGACUGUCCGUUAGCUAUGCUUGUUAAAGCUUACAUGAACAACGCGGAUGAUAAAACACCUACGAAUGAGGAUAUAUACGAGGAUCACCGCUUUAAGACUUCCGGGUUUAUACAGGAGGAAUACGUCAAGCUGAAAAGUGAUGAUUCCACGGAUGGCGACAAGGCGGACGAAUACGACAUCGAAAGUCGUAACGUCAGAUCGCAUUGCAAAGCUCUUGUCUUAGCUCACUCAAAGUGUUUCACAAUCUCUCUCUUCGUCGCCUUGCACGGUGGUGUUUAUGUGCACAGCACCGACGUGCAAUCAGCGAUGGACCAAUGCGAGGAAUUCAUACGUGAAAUUGACAUAACCGACUAUAUUUUGACGAUUUGUGGGCACGUCAAACACCAGAAAGACGAGACAAUACCAAUAAAACCCUUGCAUCAGCCAAUGCCUUGCAACGAUCUUUCAUCGCUUCAUUCGUUAAUAAAAGAGAAAUUUUUGAAAAUAGUCGGGGUUGCUUUUAAUCCCAUACCGACAAAUGAGGAAUUUUAUUAUUAUCAAAACCUGGUCAGCAAUAAGGUUGAAGAUAAUAAUGUAGACAGCGAUGAUGAGAUAUCCACUAAUUUAUCAGAAUUAGUGGAGUUCAAGUCAGAGAAAGAUUACAGUAGCUUUUACUCCGAAGAUCAACCCUCAAUGGACGUAGGGGAUGAAAAUACAGAGGAAGCAGUCAGCCCUUUAUUCCUACAUCUAAUUUGCACAUUAAAAUAUAAUAACGGCGGAGUAUCUAAUACGUCUGUUAGAGUUAUACCUACUUGUUUGGGGGAGCUUAUACAACAUCUAGAUGAUGGGGUGGAAUGUCUGGAUAGAAGUAAAAUAAGAGUUACUUUGGAUAUUUUAUGCUUGACUUUACCCAGCGAAGUACAGAAUAUUAUCGAAAAUUAUUCCACAUCCGGUCUAAGAACAACCUCAUUUUGCAGCGAUGUUUUCCAACCAAGCGUAGAUAGUUCAAUAUCUGAAGCAAGCGAUUCUUCUGAUAUACCCGUUGUUAAUCUUUCAGAAGCGCAAAAAAACACCGUGAUAUCGUUGAAGGAGGAAAUAAAGUGGUUGUUGAAGGACGAAAUCGCUACGGCCCUCUUGGAUAUUGAGCCUGUAAAACCCGACACGUUAAACUUUGUCACCUCGCAUGUAACAACUGGAAGCCAAAUGAGAGCAUCCUGCGUAAUGGAUAUAAUUAAAUUGAAUUUUGUGUAUGCUUGCCGACAGAGUUCGGAGAAAUUCGUGGAGGAGUUUUCGAAAAUUAAACUUCCCGAUUGUAAGCUCUGUAAAAUCGAGGAUUUUUACUACUUGGCCAAAGAUAAUAAUGGCGCAAGGGAAAGACGUGAAAGUGGUUGUUUCGUGCAAAACGAUUUUGAGUGUAGCUCGCUUAACGAUUCAUUCCACUUACCUGAUAUGUUUAACACUAGCAAGGAAGAUGCCGAUAAUAAAUCGGUGGAGGAGAACGCCUCGCAAAUCAGCGAUAUCUCCACCAGCAUUAACGGCAGUAUGCUUGGAACCGAAGGUGGAUAUGACGAGGACGACAGCGAGGAUUACGAUAUAUCCGACUUGCUGCAAAGACUGAACAAAAAGAGAAAACACUUGCACAACUUUUGGCUGAUUAUGAAGAUCGAGCAAGAGCUGGUCACGAUUUACUUCCAUUGCAGAUUUUUGGAAAUGCAGACUUUACACGUAGGCGAGUAUUUGGAUAAACAACGCGCUAUCAGUGAUGCUAUUAAAGCGCUAUGCAAAAAAGUCAACCAGCUUGUGUUGUUGCAAAAUUUAUACGAAUCCAAGACGUGCGAUCCUCUACUAGAGCCGGACGAUAGUUGCAGCGAAACGUGUAAUUCCCCUAUAUCGAGAAAUCCUUCAUAUGUUAGACUCAAAAGUAUGGAAGAAUCUGUAGACGACUUGGAAAUAAUGGCGUGUUCAGCUUCACUAUCCGAAGCCUCGCUCAACUUUAAACCGGGUUACUUCAGCUGCCCAGUGGUAUGGGAAACGCGAUUUGUGCUCCACCCCAGAUUAAAAACCGGACCUGGAAAAUCCGGGAUAUCCCGAGGGAUAUUAGCUUUGCGGCACAUACUUGAAAAGUUCUCGGUUUCCAACAGAAACAACAUGUUUGUGUAUCGGGACAACAAAAACAACGUUUUUUAUUUACGGCUCCAUGAGAACGUCCAAUAUCCAAAUAAAAACACUAGUAGAAGUAACGAAUACGACAAUGGGCCUGUAUCGAGAAGCCCUUCAAUGGCAUCUUUACCAUUGGCGCAAAAUAAAAGCAAUCUUACCCAAUCAGAACAGAGCAUUAACUCCAUAAUAUCAAUGGAGAUAAGGCCUAGAGUGAGGUCCUUCGGCGAAAAAGAAAGCAAAGAUGGACCAAAUGAGGACACGCUAAUACUUAAAGUGCAUGGAAUAACGGAAGCCGGUGAUGAUGUGCAAUUUGAACUAGUACAGGUUUUGCAAAACAAACUUGACAAUGCUGUGCUAGAAUUUUUGUCUAUUAUGUUGGCCAGAAACGCCAUGUGCCCCUUAACGCCCGAAGAUGUUCAGUUUAUACAGAAACCCUUCAGGCCACCGGAAGAAAUCAUCAGAUUUACAAUUCAAGAAUAUAUUUCCAAUCAGUACUUGGACCCCUUCGUUUAUUACUUAAAACAAAAUUUGCUGCAAUUUUUGAAUAACCCAAAAUAUACGGACAAUAGAUCGCAUUUUAAAGAUUAUUCUGAACAUGAUUCAAAUAAAAAUAGGGAUGAUAGCAUCUUUAUAUACAAUCAAAGUCAAAAUCCUUCCUCUGGUAACCGGGGUAUAGCAUGUAUAGCACUAGCAGUGAUAUCAAAUAUAACAGUCAGUAAAAAUAUUGAUAUUGAAGAUAAAUUUAAAGAUAAUUUUUCGAAGAAAAUAUACGAGCCUCUUGUCACCACAUCAAGGCUUAAUGUUAAUGAUAAAGUACCAAACUCCUAUAUAGAGUUCCGUCUAUGGAAGCAAGGCAGAGUGAACAUAGAUAAUCUAUCCCUAAAACUUAAUGAAGCUGUAUCCCAGGCUACAUGGGACAUUGUGACUGAAUACUAUUUAUUAAAAAACCCACUAUGUGAGAUGCCCAAUGAACAUAUAAUAGUAAAAAAUCAACCUAUAGACAUUGACACUGCCGGUUUUGACUUAACCAAAGAAAUCGAAUUUGUAUGUGUUCUCGACUCAAACAUGGAUGCAUAUCAUAGUAAUAAUAAGUUGGAGAAUAGCAAAAGCGAAAAACGCAAGAUUGAUAAACCGUAUCUUCCUAGAAAACGUAGCAAAAAAAUGAGUCAUGAAAAGGAAAAUAACAACGAAAAGUUGGUUAAUGAAAUAGAAAUGUCCUUUUUGGAAACAGGCGAUAAAGGUGUAUUAAGCAAUAUAUACUCUAGCUUUUUACCAUCGUGGCUUGAAUUCGGGUUCUCUCUUAACGUGCCAUCUGUAAAGCGGCUACAAUUCAACCUAAGCAGCCGCCAUCUUCCCAACGUAACAAUAAAAGAAAUUAUCAACAUGCUACAAGACUCGCCAAAAGCGUUUUGCGCAACACCAAGAAAUAAUUUAAAUGGCAAAGAAGAAAUAUACGCGCCUGUGCUUUUUAACAAUUACGUGCAAAAGUACGUGAUUGUAUCCAGGAAUUUUAAUCAGUGGACCGCAUCGUUGAAUACCGAGAAAAUCGGCGACUUUCCGGAGGUUUUGAGGCCGCAGUCCUUAAAGCAUACCCAGAAAUUUGUACCUGAUGUUAUAAACAACAUUUUAAUACCUAGACAGAAGAUUUUGUGGCUGCUCGUUGAGAGUGAUAGUAUCGUAAUUUUUACGUAUAAUUGGGCCAGAGAUAACGUCGAGAAACUAAAUAGUAACUGCAACAAUUUAACUUUAUGGUUAAGCGUAAGAUCGUGUUUUCUGAAUUCUAUAACAUCGCAGAAGUUGGGGUUAUUCCACAAUCAACCAUUAACGAGGAAAUGCUUUAUGAUGGUUGGGAAUCCGUACGCGGCCUAUAUAAGCGACAUGGACUAUAUGAGUAAGUACCCAAGGGACCACAAGAAAAAACGCAUACCCUCCACAUACAACCUUCACAUUAUUGUGGAGGCUUUCCGCGAUUCCUUUAGGAUAUCGAAAUUCGCUUCAAACGAUCCCGUGGUCAUGCUGACAUCCGAGAUGUGCGAAAUGAAGGCGAUCGAAAAGCGUCAAAGAGAAGAAAUGAAGAAAUUACACAACAUGUACCAGUCGAGAACCAGCACGACGACGGUGUCGCAGAUAUUUUUGCUGAUGCAAAAUUCCCGGAUUAUUCACUACUGCCACACGCCUUUGCUAUUUUUGCCUAGAUGGCGCCUCAAAUCGGCGGCGACUAGGGAUCACUCGCUCUACCCUUCACAAGCCAUUCAAAUAGCGGAUAAAUUGUCCGAUGAGGAUAAGGAAUCUUGGCACACGGAACUUUGCUAUGCUUUUUUUACUGAUUACCGGCAAUAUCUGCAGACCCUUGGUUUUAUGCCUUUGCAAAUCGACAGUCCUCAUAAAAACACAGGAUUGUGGAUCAAGGAUAAGUCUUCCUAUAACUCGGUUUUCUUUAUACAAAAAACUAUACUCGGUGGGAUAUUACUUUUUACUGUGGAAAUUAGUGAGCCGUUUUUUAUCACUAAACUACAUGUAAUUGAGUGUAAUAGGUUGCAGAAUAUUAGCUCUAGAGCCUCCAUUAAUAGGUUUACGCUAAGUUUUCUUGAUGAAUGCGAUAGAGUUAAAAUAUUGAUGCACUUACAUUCCUUUGCCUACGACUAUCACUUACGUUGCAUAUAUAAUUAUAUAUCGGCUGCCUCCGCUCCAAAUCGUCUAUCGAAUUUAUACAACGUUCAUCAAUUUUUGGAUGACUUCAUGAAAUACUACAAUAAAACGCCGAAUUUUGCCAGAAAUUUGGUAUACGCGGAUACUUUAACCAUAAAAAAUUUGGUGACAGAGGGGAAGCAAUUGUAUGAUUAUUUAUUAUCAAAUAUAGCCCAAUACAAUUUCAAAGUGUUUGAGAUGGAGGCCAACGAAGAUAUGGAGUGUAUUUUGGUGCAAGUUACUAGCACACCACAGGUAUCAUAUAAGGACUCGCAAGAUAGGCACCAUACAGACGAUUUCGAUAUAACCCUUGUUAUUUAUAAUCUUUGCACGCCCUAUUCACCGAAAGACAAUGUUUUACAUCUUAAAUAUUACUUAAUACUGACUUCCAAACGUGAAAUAUACCCGAAAUCUGAAGUGGAGCAUAAGUUGGGUAAAUUUAGGACAGUCUCAUCAACAGCUAGAAGUUUAUCUGCUUUGGAAAGAAAUGAUUUGGAGGAAAGUACAACAAAAACUAUAGAAAGUUCUGAAAUUGAUUGCGACAGUUCGGAUGAAGACAAAAUGUUAACAUCUGAAAAUGACAGUAACAACCGAAUUGAGUCUUCCAUAAGCCAACAAUCCAUGGUACCCUACGUUGAAAUAUCCCAGGAAUCGGUCAACUAUCUGGGAUACUAUUCAUCCCACGAACAACUCAUGCACCAAUUGAUCCUUGAUAAAGCCAACACAACCCAAAAACACGUUAAGGAUAUGGUGGCCAAAGGCAUGGUGCAUUGCAGAACAUUUCUCCUGUGGAACCGACUGAUAUCUCCUCAUGAUACCCAUUCAUUAAACUACGAGGAGUUUAUCGAACUAAAGAACUUGGCCAAGUUGGAUCACCUAUGUGAUUUACACCCGAAUUUAGGACCGCUACUUAAUCAGCCUUUGGUCUGGUAUCAAGGGUUAGCUAAGCUACUGUUGGUUAAAUACAAUGAGCAACACAGAACGUUUAUUUCCGCUGAUGGGAACAUACAGCAUUAUGUAAUACUACAUCCGAAUUACUUUGGGGCUUUCAUGCUCCUAUCCAUCGAUCUUCACACCUUCAGAGGAGAGUUAUAUGCUGUAUACAGGGAGCCUCAUAAGCAAGAAGACGCAGAAUUGUGUUUAGCAUAUCAGAAGAACCUUUUAGAUGGUUUCGUUAAUUGUAUCAGUUUUUAUUUAUGGUCAGGAAUGAUUUCCAAUUAAAUUAAUAUAUUUUUAUCAUAUGUUAUGUUUGCAAUUUAUUUUUUUAAUAAAAAGCGUGGUAUCACCAAUUUGUUCAAUAAUUUUUGUGAUUUUAUCUACGCCAACUAUUUUAGAAAAAAUAUAUAAAUGAAGCUCAGUAUACUGUGAUAAUAUUUGUACAAAAGAUUUACACUGUGCCUGAAGUUUAUUUUUUAUCAGAAAAAGAAGUAUACUGCAAUACUCUACUAUAUUUACAAGUGCCAUUUAACAUUGCAUAAUAAAC